AUGACGAACGCCGACGUGAUAAAGGCUAACCUCAGCAAAGAGUUGAAAUUGGUUGCUAAAAAUACCUCUGAUGAAGCAGACCUUAAUGGAAGUAUUCCUGAUUGUAUCACGCAGACAUUGUGCAAUAUCGUUGAAGCGAUCUUCAUCCAUGGUUUGAAGGAUCCAUUCUUUGUUCGAGGAUCACGAUAUGCAAAAUAUCCUGAACCAAACUUUUGGCCAUUGUUGCACAAAUAUACUCAUGUAUCGAUUAUGAAUCAAAUAACAACAGCGAACCAUAUCAAAAGUGAUAUUGGCAAGGCACGGGCUUGGAUACGUAUUGUGCUAAAUGAGCAUGCUCUGGAGCAUUAUUUAAACUUGUUCUGGCAUGAUCCAAUCUCGAUGUGUAAGUACUAUGAUAAAUCAGCAUAUCUGCGAGAUUUGGAGCAUUUCAAUCUGAUGGUUGGCUGUGUGAAAUCAAUGUCUGAAAUUGAUCUGCUUCAUAUUCCCAUCAAUAGUCCAUUUUUGAACGCAUGGACACCGACACCACUGAUACUAUCGGGAUUGGUGGCUGGUAAGCCAGCAAGAUUGGAACAGCUUCGUCCACGACGUCGUGACCAGCAGAAGCCUUCCACCGAAUUUUCCUCAUCAGCACCAGAAAAUGACAAUCAGACCGAAGUAGCCGAAUCCGCGCUUGAUUUAAUUGAACCGCCGUCACAACAUUCUCUGCUUACAGCCUCAUCUGCAUUCAAUGGUACUGCAGCAGCAGCAGAGGAGCGUAGUCCUGCUCCAUCGAGGCCUUUGUCGAGGGGUUUAAGCUGCGAUGAUGAUGAUGUAUCGUCAGUUUAUUCACAUCCAUCCAUGUUAGACGGUGGCUUGGAUGCUGAACUUCGAAUAAAACCAUCCUUUAUUCAUCAACGAACUGCUGUUAUUCUCGAUGAUUAUGCGCCGUCCAGUCGUGCCAUGACCACUCCAAAUCAGCAUUCUCACUAUCCACUCUCAAGUACACCGCAUAAUCAGUUCAUUUCUGCUCUUCUACCGCGCACACUUCAAAAUUGCGAUUCAUCUUCUCCUUCUCAUGAGGUACGUGUUUUACGAAGACGCCAUCGCGUACGUCGUACAUCGAAGAGUAGCAGCGAGGAUGGAUCUCGGUCCAGAAGUGAUGAAACAGCGACAGCACCAAAUGAUCCAUCAUUCAAAAAUGAUUUUGGUAUUACGUUGAAUAUACCUCGAUCAAUAGAAGAAGAAGAAAAAGAUAUCAAUGGAGCACUAGCAACCUCAGCAAAAAUGAACAUCAGCAAGAUUGUUGGAAUUAAGUCAGUAUCAGUGGAAGAUGCCGAAGAAGGGAAUGAUGAAGAAUGUUCGGAGAGUGAAAUUGUGAAGAGGAAAGUAUUGCUGAAUUCUGUUCUGCAAAGCACCUAUUAUCUUGAUCAACCGAAACAAACUGUUGGGUCGAGUCUUAAUGAUGAAGAUGAUAACAAUCAGCGGGAAAAGGUUGGUGAUGGAAUUGCAGCUGCAGCAGAGCCGAUACCAAUACCUUCGAAUGCAGUCGAAUGCAACCUUGUUCUCAGUCCGAGUAGUGAAAUAUCGGCAAUUUCUCUACAAGAGGAGUUGUUGAACGUGGGCGUUGCCGAAAAUGAACAUGAAACUUCAGGCAAUAGUUUAUUGGGUAAAGGAUGGACAAACCAUCCGCCGUUGAAUGUCGUUCAAUCGGAUGGUGACGGAGCAUUUCUUCAAUCAGGACAAUCUUCAUCAAAUGGCACCGCAGAUUCGUCGCAUAAUUUUGAUGUGAUGAUGAGGAAUACAGUUGCUGUAUGCGAUGAUGACUAUGAAGAAAUGGAAACGAAGGUACGAAGUCGAUUGGAUUCAGAAAUGUUCGCUGACACGCUGAAUGAGAGUAUUGUGAGUGGGAUUGAAAUCGGUCGUGCGUCGAUCAGUGAGAAAGCUGAUGAAGGUUCAUUGAUCGCUACUUCGACCAUAAUGCCACUUUCGUGCGGAACAGUAACAGCACAAACAGCAAAUCGUAAAGGCAGUUCUUCUGAACGUGCAAUAAUCGUGAAUGAGGCUGAUAUGAAUGGUGAGGACGAGUAUGGUAUAUCAAGAGCGAUGAUCCCUUUACUGACGACAAUACCUCGUGAAAAAGGUCUUGAUCAACAAAACUUCAGAUGUGCAUCAUGUAACCGGUCAAUUGGACCCACUUUUGCUGAUUACAUGGUUUGUGCAUUGGAUGCCAAGUAUUAUUGUGAUGGAUGUUGGCGUAAAGGUGAUACAAGCGUUAUUCCGUCAAGGUUAAUCCAUAAUUGGGAUUCAUAUCCAAGGCAGAUUUGCCGUGCGAAUAUGUCGUUUCUGAAUGCAAUCGCCGAUCGACCAAUUAUACGAAUCGAUAAAGUGAAUAUGCAUCUCUAUGAGCAUUGUGCAGCGAUGCAAAACAUUAAGUUUUUACGCGAAAAAAUGGCACUGGCAGUGAUGUAUUUGUUAACGUGCCGUGAAUCAGUUGCUGAUGAUUUACGUAUGAGAUUGUGGCCGAAAGAAUAUUUGUUCAGCGAUAUUCAUCUGUAUUCAUUUACGGAUCUUUUGAGUGUUCUUUCGGGACAGUUGGAACGGCAUUUGCAAUCGAUCAUCAAUUAUGCCAUUGAUCAUAUUCAUCGAUGUUUGUUGUGUGCUCAAAAGGGGUUUGUUUGUGAAAUAUGUGAUAGCAAACAGGUCAUAUAUCCAUUUCAAAUGGAGGUUACAUACCGGUGCUCAAAAUGUUAUUCGGUGUUCCACAAGGAAUGUAUUGGUGAACGACAGUGUCCGAAAUGUUUGCGACGAGAACAAUACGCUAAGCAGCCAGAUUUAUCACCAGAACAUUUACCUCUCGACUAA